CUGGGCGGUCAACAUGGCGGCGGCCGGGAGCGUCUAGGAGAGCUGGUUGUCCACUGAGGCCACGUCCGGAUCAUUUGCCGUCAGCACUUCGCUCAGAGGAACCAUGCGGGGCAAACGCCAUGUUCAAUUCAAACCUGGAGACCUCGUCUUUGCCAAGAUGAAGGGCUUCCCCCACUGGCCUGCAAGGGUCUGCAAGCUGGACAAUGUCAAGAAGAAAAAGAUCCCGGUCUUCUUCUUUGGAACCCAUCAGAUUGGCAUCCUUCCCUUAGAGAAUGUCGUCCCUUAUGCCGUGAACAAGGAGAAGUAUGGAAGGGGGGAGCGUUUCCGAGGCUUCAGCGAGGGCAUGUGGGAGAUCGAAAACAAGCCUGGAAUAGGGAGUAAACAAAAGGUGCCUGCAGUGAUCAAAAAGGAGAGCGGACAAACGCCCAAGAACAAGAAGAAGAGGAGCCUCCCUAGUCCUGCUGACGACGCCCCAGUGAAGAAGAAAGCGAAGCCCUCUGAAACAAACUCUACUUCAAAACCUGACCAGCACCUCCCCAAAGAGGAGGAGGAGAAAGCGGAAGAAAAGAUGUCAUCAAGGAACCAGAGGAGGAGAAAGAGGGAGGAGGAGGAGGAGGAGAGGGAAGCUGAAUCAAAGAAAUUAAAGCAGGAUAUAGAAGAGGAGGAAAAGAAAGAGGAGGUGAAGAAGAAAGGGGAGUUGAAGAAAAAGGAGCAGGAAAAGAAAAAGAAAGAGGAGGUGAAGAAGAAAGAGGGUAAAAAGAAAAAGGAGGUGAAGAAGAAAGUGGCGCAAAAGAAAAAGACAGGGGAGUUGAAGAAGAAAGAGGAAGAAAAGAAAAGGGUGAUGAAGAAAGAGGAGGAAAAGAAGGAAGAGGAGAAGAAAGAGCAAGAGGAUAAAAAGAUAGAGGAGUCGAAGAAGAAAGAGGAGAAGAUGAGAGAGGAGGAAAAUAAAGAGAUGAAGAAAGAGGAGAAGAUGAACAAAGUGGAGGAGGAGAAGAAAGAGAUGAACAAAGAAGAGGAAAGGAUGAAGAAAGAGGAGAAAAAGAAAGAGGAUGUAAAGAAGAGAGCAGAGGAAAAGAAAAAAAUAGAGGAGAAAAAGAAAGAGGAUGAGAAAAAUAAAGAGGCGAAAAAAGAGGAGGAGAAGAAAGAGGGGGGUAAAAAGAAAGAGGAAAAGAAAGAGGAGACGGUAAAGAGAGAAGAGGAGAAAAAGAAAGAGGAAGAGAAGAUGAAAGAGGAGGAGAAAAAGAAAGAGGAAAAUAAGAAAGGGGGGAGGAAGAAAAGAGGGCAGAGGAAAAUGGAGGAUGAGAUGAAGAGAAAGGAGGAGGAGAAAAAGCAGAAAAUUGAGGAAGAGAAGAAAGUGGAGGAAAAGAAGAAAGUGGAGGAAAAGAAGAAAGAGGAAGAAAAGAAAGAGGAGGAGAGGAAGAAAAGUGAACAGAGGAAAAGUGAAGAGGACAUGAAGAGAAAGGAGAAGAAAAAGCAGGAGGAGAAAAAACAAAAAAUUGAGAAGAAAAAGGAGAAGAGAGAUGAGGAGAAGAUGAAUAAGAAAGAGGAUUUGCAGAUGAAGAAGAAAGAGGAAGAGGAGGAGAGGAAAAAGGAGGAUAUGGACAAGGAGAAGAAGAAUAGAGUGGAGGAGAAACAAAACGAGGAGCAGCAGAUGAAAGAGGAGAAUAAGAAAGAGGAGGAAAAGAAGCGAAAGGAAGUGGAGAAGGUGAAGGAAGAUGAGAAGAAAAAGAAGAGAGAGGAGAAGCUAAAGAAUUAUGAGGAAGAGAAGAAAGAGGAGGAGAAGGAUUUGCAGGGAUCUAAACCUCUGCUUGAGAAGAAGAAAGAGGAGGUGAAGAAAAAUAAGAAGAAAAUGGAGGCGUCAAUGAAGAAGAGAACGGAGGAGGAGAAGAAGAAUGAUGAAAAGAGGAAGGAGAGAGAGGAGACUAAGUUUAAGAAGAAAGAGGAAGAAAAUGAGACAAAAAAGCAGGGAGAGAAGAAAGAGGAGGAGAAGAAUUUGGAGCAGUUUAAAUCUGUGCCGGAGGAGAAGAAGAAAGAAGAGGAGAGAGAAAAGAAGGCAGAGGGAAAGCAGAUGAAGAAGGAGGAGGGUAAGAAAAGAGACGAGAAGAGAAAGGAAGGGAAGAGUUUGGAGGAGUGUAAGGCUUCGUCGUCAGCGGAGAAGGGUGUGGAUGAGGAGCGUCAGAGGCGUCUGGCUGCCAAGAGGGAGAGUGUGUUGAGGUCUCUGAGAGGUCUGCUGAAGGCUGGGAGGAGAACGCAGAGAACCAAGGAUAGUCAGAGGAAAAAGGAAGCGACGAAACGAAAAAGCAAAAAGUCGAUAAGUCAGAAGACGAAUAAGAAAAAUGAGGUCCGAAAAUCAGCGGUCAUCAAGGUGGUCAGCACGAAAGCGGUUGGCAAAUUUGCAAAGACUGCCGCCAGCAAGAAGACAGCCAAGAAGACGGCGUCCAACAGAACCGAGAUGAAACGGCUCCAAAGAACCAGCAAGGAAAAGAAAGAAGGAAAGAAAACACCACAGAACGCGGCAGGAGAGAGGAAGAUGACAGAGGUGAAGAAGGAGAGAGAGAAAACAGAAGAGCGGAAAGGAGCAAAGGAGGAAGAGGAGAAGAUGGUGGUAGUAGGAGAGAGCACAAGAACAGACCGACAAAAAAGAAUGGGUAAAACAAGCGACAAGAAGGAUGGAGAGGAAAAGAAAAAGGAGGAAGUGGGGGAGAGGAAAAUCAUUGGAAAGAUCAUCAAAUUGCCGGUGGGCCGAGGAGCCAGAAUCCAGCUGAAGGUGGUAGGUGGGGUCAAAAUGGAGGAAGAGGAGAGGAAAGGAAGGCAGACAGGAGAGCUGAAGAGAAGAGAAGUGACAUCAGGAGUGCAGGAGGAAAACAAACGGAAGAGAAACCAAACCCUGAAGACCAGAUCAGGAGAAGAGAAGAGUCAGAGGAGGAGGAGAAAGGAGGAGGAGCUGGGUAAAGGAGGGGUGGUGAAGGACUGUGAGGAUGGCAGAGAGGAAGAGCUGCAGACACAGACUCAGAGGUCAGACAGCAUGCAGCCGGUGGUCAAACUGCAGAAGAAGAACUCAUCGAAAUUCUCAACAAUGAGCCUGGUGGACUCCACGCUGCACCGUCUCCAUGGAGACAUCCGGAUCUCUCUGAAGACCGACAAUCCGGACAUCAGUAAGUGUCUGACUGCGUUGGACAGCCUCAGUAUGGUCUAUGUGACAUCACAGCAAAUCCAGAGACACAGUGAGCUCAUAUCUACGCUGAGAAAGAUGCGGCGGUACAGAGGGAGCGAAGCAGUCAUGAAUAAAGCCUCCAUGCUGUAUAACCGCUUUAAAAAUGCCUACCUGGUGGGGGAGGGGGAGGAGCUGGUCAGUGCCUCCUUCAUGCGCUCGCUGCUGGACGAGAAAGAGAAGGAGGAGUUACAGAGGGUGGAGAGGUGGAAGGAGAAGAAGAGGAGAGAGGAGGGGAUGCAUGAGGUGAAGAGGCCCAUGGGGCAGGUGGAGGAGAAGAGGAAGGCUGGGGGGGCAGGUGGAGUGGAGGAGAGGAGAGAGGAAGAUGGACGGGGCAGAGGGGCAAAGGAGGAGGAGAGGACACAGAAAGAGGACAAGGAGAAAACGGAAGGUCCCGUGGACUCUUCCUGAUACGUCACUGUAACAGACAGAAUGGACUGUACCAACUCAUAACACAGUGGGGGGGGGGGUCAAUGUGUCUUUUUUGCUAUGGAGACGUCCUGAAACAGCCUGCUGUGGACGAUUAUAUUCCUACCUCAUUUUUAUAUUGUGGUAACAAUUGGUUUUAUGUACACACACACACACACAACGCAGAGUUCCUGUUGUAGUUGUGAGAAAAGCUGUUAAGGUUAUGUUGUCUUUGCCAGAAGCUCCUCUGUAAGCCAGAGCAUUAAACUAAGCUGGCCUGCGUGGGACUUCUCUGUUCUGAAACAAAACACUUGGACAGAUGUUCUUCCUGAGGAUUCACGCAGACACUUUCUUCCUCCGGAACAAAAGGGUUGGUUUCUUGUUUUCUACCCUCUGUACAGGCAUUCACGGUACAUAUCGUCCGUGGUGCUCUGAAAGUGUAAAACUGUUUUUAUUCUUGUAUUUUUAAGCUGUUCAAAAGGAAAAACAGUAAAAAAAAUCUCUCUGGCA